CCAAAAGAAAACCUUCUCUCUCUCUCUCUCUCCAUCUAUCUAUUCCACUGGAAAAUGGCGCAAAUCCUAAGCCCUAACCCAUCUCUCAAGCAGAGGCUUCCCAGGAUUCAAUCCCCAACUAGUCCCUUCAUCUUGGGUUCCAACGACGAUAAGCUCGAACGGGCUCAGGCCAGGGCCGCCCGCGCUGCCGCUAUCCGCCGCAAGCCCAUCUCCACCCUUGCUUCGCCGCCUCCUGGCCAAAAUUCCGAUCCCUGCCUCGACAAGCAGCAGAUCCUCGACCUCUUCCAGAAUUGUAUAAAGCUUGCCAGCGAAAAUAAAAUAAAUCAGAAGAACACAUGGGAACUGAGUUUGAUAGACCAUCUUUGCGAGAUUAUCAAGGUCGAAGAAGAGGAGGAUGUAGAGACCAAUUUUCAAAAGGCCAGUUGCACUCUAGAAGCUGGAGUUAAAAUUUACUCGUUAAGGGUGGAUUCAGUGCAUUCAGAAGCAUACAAGGUCCUUGGUGGGAUUAAUAGAGCUGGUCAAGAAAAUGAACAAGAUGCUAUUCCGGAGGGUAGCAACUUUGACAAUGCACAAGAAGGCCAUUCCAAAAAAGAGAUAGAAAGAAAGAUUUCACCUUUGUCAACACUGGAAUCAUCUUUUGAGGCUCUUAAUGUGAAGAAGUUUGAUGUUGCAUUUGCUGUGGAUCCAUUGUAUCAUCAAACAUCUGCACAAUUUGAUGAAGGUGGAGCUAAGGGUCUUUUAUUGAACAAUCUUGGAGUCUAUGGUGGGUGUCAAGUGCUCUUUGACUCACAGGAGGUACCAGGGAAGUUCACACCACGUGAAAAUCAACAUGAAAGACAAGAAACAAUUGAUCUUUCCUUUGCUAGAGAUUUCAUUGAACAGAUGGUACUGAACAUGCAAAGAAAGGAUGAAAUUUCUCCAACUCUGCAAAGCAUAGUCAGCCAAUUUGAUGAAGAUAAUAAAAGGCCAUUAGACACUUUUCCUUCUCUCCAUAAAUCUUGUCAGCAAGUUGAUAAAGAUGAUGAAACUCAUAAUGAAGAAGUUGAUUUUGAUGGUAAUGCAUUUGGGUGUUGUGAUAAAUGGACUUUUGAACAUGAUGAGCAAGCAAGUGUUGUCGAUGAUGAUCCUAUUGGUGCAGAUACAUCUUUACCAAGUUUUCAUGAGGAAAAUGAACUAUUUUCUUUCCACAACUCUGAUACAGAUGACAGAAUUGAGAAUGUUGAUGGGUACUUGUUUUUUAGUUUGGGAUUCACCUCUAAACAAAAUGCUUGGGCAGGUCCUGAUCAUUGGAAGUAUCGAAAAUCUAAAGGUUCAGAGGAUCAUUCAACUACUGAAAAAGAAUCACCAGUGAGUACUAAGAGAACCAAGACUAAGAGGCAAGUGGAACUUGAUAUUGAUUUCACAAAAGCCCUGGAUGAAAAGAUGCCCGAUUUGUUUGCCCCUCCAAAAAAUCCCAAGUCAUUACUUUUGCCUGCAACUAGAGCACCUUGCAACACAACACUGCCUGAAGAUUGCCACUAUCAACCAGAGGAACUUGUUAAAUUAUUUCUUCUACCUAAUAUAAUGUGCAUUGGGAAGAGAGGGAAUAGGUGCUCAGAUGAAUUUAGGCAGCAGUCAGAUGACUAUGGAGAAGUGCCAUCCUGGGAUGACGGAAAUGUUUUUGGUGGUGAAUUUGAUGAUGGAAAUGCUUAUAGUGAUGUGGAAGAUCCCAACACACUUGUUUCUCAGCCUCGCCAGGUAAACAAAAUUGAAGUCCAGUAUGACAAGACUUCUAAGCAAGUCGAUGUCCAGACACUGAAGGAAACUCUUUGGCACCAUAUGCAAGAAUCUCGUCAAAAGUCUAAUCAGCAUCAAGAAGAGGCAGUAUCUUUCAGGAAACUCUUGUCUGGGUUUCCAAGUGACUGCAGAGCAGCAGCAAGUAUCAAUGAAAUAUCUCCUCAUCUUUGCUUCAUAUGCCUAUUACAUUUGGCUAAUGAGCAUGGGUUGAGCAUCCGUGGGUGUGGCAGCUUGGAUGAUCUCAAGAUACAUCUACCGAGCAAUGAUUCAUAUGUUGAUGAAGUGGUCUAAUUCAAGGACACUGCACAAUCAUAACCCAGUAACUCGGUUUACAAUAUGUAAGAAGUCCUAAUUUCAUUUUAAAUCUUUUCGAUUUAAAUGAUAGUGUAAAACAUUGAUUUUCUAGUUCGAUCUUUUAUGUGUUGGUAAA